AUGUUCGCUCCCAAUGUUAUUGGCACUGCCAAUGCCACCGCAGCAGGCUGGGGCAACUUGGGUGGUGGUGUGACCCAAAUCUUUAUGAUUUCGGUCCUCUUCAACCCAAUGGUGGACUCUGGUAUGUUGCCAGACACCGCUUGGCGAGUGGCCAUGGUUGUUCCGGCGGUCCUUUUUGUUGUUUGCGCCGUCAGCAUGAAGCUCUUGUGCUGGGACACCCCCACAGCCAAGCGUUUCGAUGUAGCGGUGACUGGCAAGACACAGAAGCCGUCUUUGUGGGACUACGUUGAGGUCCUGAAGGAUGUCCGAGUCCUGGUGAUGAUCAUGCAGUAUUCGGCAUGCUUCGGAACUGAGCUCGCGAUGAACAAUCAAUUGGCGACCCACUUCAGGACCUACUUCCAAAUGGCUGCGGCAGAUGCUUCGGCCUUGGCGGGAGCAUUUGGCUUGAUGAACCUCUUUGCCCGGUCCCUGGGGGGAAUCACCAGUGACCUCCUGUUCAAGUAUAUCGGCUUCCGUGGCCGCAUUUGGGCGCAGUUCUUGUCCCUCUUCUUCGAGGCCAUCUUCCUGUUCUGCUUCGGCUUGGUGGACAACUCGCAGCCAUGGUAUGUUGCGUUGGCAGUGCUCGUCUUCUUCUCCCUUUUUGUCCAGAUGGCGGAAGGGACCAGCUACGGCAUUGUCCCUUUCAUGAACAAGCAGCAACUCGCGAUUGUGUCCGCUUUGGUGGGUGCAGGCGGAAACUUGGGAGCCGUCAUUGCCGGCUUCUGCUUCUACCGGCCCAUUGAUGAGCCACUGCUUCCAUUCCAGGUCCAUGCCGGAUACGUCAUGUUCUGGGCUUUGUUGUCUCCUUGCUACUACUGGAGCGAGCAUGGUGGCAUGUUCCAUGGACCAGCCGUGGUGCAGAAAUCUGAGCCCAAGGUGGAAGCUGCAGAGACCGCUGUGUAG